AUGGCAGGAUCCGCACUCUGGCCUGAGCCUCUAUUCUUCAACUUCUUCCAAACGCUGGUCGAGAAGGGCGCGAAUGUAACCAUUGAGCUGAAAAACGACCUGCAGCUGACUGGGCGGCUCCACGCAGUGGACCAGUAUCUGAAUUUCAAGCUGAGCAACGUGACGGCCAACGACACUGAGCGAUACCCGCACCUGCUGUCUGUUGUGAACUGCUUUGUGCGAGGUUCGGUGGUGCGGUACGUGUUCCUGAAUUCUUCGGACGUCAAGACGGAAGAGCUGCAGGAGCUGUGUCGUCGAGAGGCUAUGAAGCAGAGCUCGGAGAAGAAGUGA